AAUCCGUUAACCCGACCCGAUAAAAACCUUCAAAGAGGCUCCGAUUUUGAUUUUCAAACACUAAAAAUAUUAUUUACCUAAAAACAUGAGUUCACUACAAUGACCCGUACCGAACCAAACCGGAGCCGGAGCUCCAAUUCCGAUUCCGAUAAGAAUUCCGGUAACGGCGGCGGAGGUAGAACCACCGCGAUGAGGGUUAUUGUUCCGUUACAAGGUGUAGUACAAGGUCGUGGUGGUUUAUUCUUAGGCUCUGUGAUUCCUUGUGCUUUCUUCUACUUUCUUCAGUUUUACCUAAAACGAAAUCGGAAAAACGACGAAUCCGAUAAUUCCGGUGAACAAAACUCCUCAGCUUCUUCUUCUUCUUCUUCUCCAAAUUCGGGUUUACCGGAUCCGACCCGGUCACAAUCCGCUGGUCAUCUCACGGAGCUUACUGGUUUACCUCGUUCUCUUUCUCGGAUUCUUCUCUCGCCGAGAAAUUCCGGUGGAGCUGUUUCGGUUUCGGGUCGGGUUAAUUGUGUACUCAAAGGUGGAGAUUCUUCGCCUUACUACGUUGGUCAAAAACGGGUCGAGGAAGAUCCGUAUGAUGAGUUGGGUAACCCGGACGGAGUGAUCCAACUUGGUUUAUCUCAAAACAUCAAGUUGAGUUUCGAUGAUUGGGUUUUGGAGAAUGCAAAAGAAGCAAUUUCAGAUGGAUUGAGUAUUAGUGGCAUUGCCUCUUAUGAGCCUUCUGAUGGACUUUUGGAACUGAAAAUGGCUGUGGCAGGAUUUAUGUCUGAAGCAACCAAAAAUUCGGUGUCUUUCGAUCCAUCACAGUUAGUGUUAACUUCUGGUGCAUCAUCUGCUAUUGAGAUUCUUUCCUUCUGCUUAGCUGAUUCAGGAAACGCCUUCCUUGUUCCAACUCCGUGUUCCCCCGGAUAUGAUAGGGAUGUUAAAUGGCGAACAGGAGUUGACAUUAUACACGUUCCUUGUAGAAGUGCGGAUAAUUUCAAUAUGUCGAUGGUCGUGCUUGAUCGAGCAUUCUAUCAAGCCAAGAAACGAGGUGUCAGAAUCCGUGGCAUUAUAAUCUCGAAUCCUUCGAAUCCCAUGGGAAGCCUACUGAGCAGAGAGAAUCUCUAUGCGCUUUUGGACUUUGCCCGUGAGAGGAACAUUCAUAUAAUCUCAAACGAAAUCUUCGCUGGGUCAGUCCACGGAGAAGAAGGAGAGUUUGUUAGCAUGGCUGAAAUAGUUGACACGGAAGAGAAUAUCGACAGAGAAAGAGUUCAUAUUGUGUAUGACCUCUCGAAAGACUUGUCUUUCCCGGGACUUAGAUCCGCUGCUAUCUACUCGUUCAACGAAAGUGUUUUAUCCGCUUCAAGAAAGCUCACGACGCUCUCACCUGUCUCAUCGCCAACCCAACAUUUGCUGAUAUCGGCAAUCUCCAAUCCAAAGAAUGUUCAGAGACUUGUGAAAACCAACAGGCAGAGAUUGCAGAGUAUCUACAUGGAACUCGUGAAGGGGUUGAAAGAGUUAGGGAUCGAGUGCACAAAAAGCAAUGGAGGGUUCUACUGUUGGGCCGAUAUGCGAGGAUUGAUUUCAUCUUACAGCGAAAAAGGCGAGAUUGAGCUGUGGAACAAGCUCUUGAACAUUGGCAAGAUCAAUGUCAUACCAGGAUCUUGUUGUCACUGUAUCGAACCAGGAUGGUUCCGUAUCUGUUUCAGUAAUUUGUCUGAGAAAGAUGUGCCUGUAGUUAUGAACCGCAUUAGAAAAGUUUGUCAAACAUGUAAAUCUCAAAAUUGAUUCUGCAAUUUGAUUAUUUGGUUUGUUCUGAUGACAAUACCAAUCCAGGAUCGGUUUAAGGUUAGAGAAGACCCGGUCAAUAGAACUUUUACCAAUUU